CCUUUUCCUUCUUAAACUAGCCUCUGGUUCACUUUCUCGACGGGUUAAUACGAGAUAAAAGCUGUGUUCUAAGUUAAGCUACGUUUAUACGGACUGCAGUAGCUCUUAAAUCGUUGAGAGAAAUAUAUAGUACUGGAUAAGAUAAUUGUUGGGACAGUGUUUCGGUUAACAGGAUAUAACCCAGUUUCUCUCCCCCGAGUGAAGCCAUCUUCUCCUUAAUAGAGGAUCUUGACUCUUUGAUUCAUCUUGCCCUUCCUGGUCAGCCAUAACAACAGUGAUGGCGGCUGCUGCACGGUUCUUCAUCCGAGGUGCAAACUCCAAACUUCCCAUCUCCGGUAUUGGCACCGGGGCUCAGAGCUCGUUUGGGGCCACUCUUCUAAAACUGUCCCCGAGCUGCAACUCCCGUACAAAAACACAGCGGAGGCAUGCGGCGCACUUUACCUACCAGCCUGACCCCAUCCCGACACAGUAUGGACCCACCCAGAAGAUGAACUUGUUCCAGUCGGUUACAAGUGCCCUGGACAACACUCUGGCCAGUGAUCCAACAGCAGUCAUCUUUGGGGAAGAUGUUGCCUUCGGCGGAGUGUUCCGAUGCACAGUCGGUCUGAGAGACAAAUAUGGUAAGGACCGAGUCUUCAACACUCCCCUUUGUGAGCAGGGGAUUGUGGGAUUUGGUAUCGGUGUAGCUGUUGCUGGUGCCACAGCCAUUGCUGAGAUCCAGUUUGCUGACUACAUUUAUCCUGCUUUUGACCAGAUAGUCAAUGAAGCAGCCAAGUACCGCUACCGUUCUGGCAACAUGUUCGACUGUGGGAACCUCACUAUCCGAGCUCCGUGGGGGUGUGUCGGCCACGGAUCACUUUACCACUCUCAAAGCCCUGAGGCCUUUUUCGCCCACUGCCCUGGCAUCAAGGUUGUAAUACCCCGUGGUCCAGUGCAAGCCAAGGGGCUGCUCCUCUCCUGCAUCGCUGACAAGAACCCCUGCAUAUUCUUUGAGCCCAAGAUCCUGUACAGAGCAGCAGUGGAGCAGGUUCCCGUGGAGGCCUACACCAUCCCACUUUCACAGGCUGAGAUCCUACAGGAAGGAAGUGAUGUCACCCUGGUUGCCUGGGGGACACAGAUCCAUGUGAUGAGGGAGGUGGCUGACAUGGCUCAAGAGAAACUGGGAGUGUCCUGCGAGCUCAUCGAUCUACAGACCAUCCUGCCCUGGGAUGUUGAAACCGUUUGUAAGUCUGUUGUGAAGACGGGACGUUUGCUCAUCAGUCAUGAGGCACCAGUAACUGGAGGCUUUGCUGCUGAAAUCAGCUCUGCAGUACAGGAGGAGUGCUUUCUUAACCUGGAGGCUCCCAUCAGUAGGGUCUGUGGUUACGACACCCCCUUCCCUCACAUCUUUGAACCCUUCUACAUCCCAGACAAGUGGAAGUGCUUUGAAGCAAUCAGGAGGAUGAUCAACUACUGAAUCCCUGUCAGAGCCACCUUCUGGUUACCCUGGACUCCACAUCUACUCCUUUUCCCCUACCUGCAUCCAAUCCAUGGAGAGCAGCCAGGAAAAGACACUAUGUUGACCAUCCAAUCAGAAAACGAUCUCCAGAAGGGGCCAAGUCCCUCUGUGUCCUCUAGCUAGAAGACUGUUACAGUACCUCCGGAUCAGGGAACCUCAUUCUAUUGCAAGACGAAAUGACUUCAUCCACUCUACGUAUAUGUGAAACUCUACUUGGUUGUUGAUAUAACGCACAUAAUUUUAUUUCCUCUUAAAUAAGAGUUGGAUACUGUGGCGAUUAUCUGGUUGAAUUUGUGAGUCUGCCUUUCUGUGCUGUUACUUUUGAUUGAACUAGCUCUAACCUUUAUGAAGUUUGACAUUAACUGACCCUUGUUGUGUUAAUAUAAUUGACCUUUGGUUUUCAAGGAAAAUAAAAUAAUCAUAAUUGGUGAAAACA